AUGCCGUUCAACAUGUCCCGGCCUCGUGCGCGCGCCCCGCGCUACGAGCCCCUUCGCCCGUCGUCGUCGUCCUCUGAAGACUCGGAGCGCUCCUUCCCCGAGAACUACUGCGACACGCCCAAAUCGGAGGACCUCGACGACAUCGCCGAAAGGACGUCGCGAUGGGUGCCUCUCCGUUAUAUGCCCGCCAUCAGAGGCGGCGCCGUCCACGAGGCCUACCACUACCGAAGCAUGGCUAGGCUACGCAGACCUCGAAGGACAAUCCUGCGAUGCGUUCUCUGGUCUCUUGUUCUCCUUCCGUACCUUGUGUGUGUCCUGGUCGUCACCACCAUGGUCUUGAGGCCCUCGUACACGCAUGCGCCGGCGCACUACGACCAGCUGCGGGAGCGAGCCACGCAGUCGUUGGCACCAGGCCGCGGAAACGUGAACAACGAGAAGGUCUUCAUUGCGUCAAGCAUCUAUGACGACGAGGGCAUGUUGGCUGGUGGGGCGUGGGGCAAGGCUGUGUUGGAUUUGGUGGAUCUGCUCGGCCCGGAAAACGUCUAUCUAAGCAUUUACGAAAACGACCCCGAGCCGGCCGCGAAGCAUGCCCUCGAGCAGUUCAAGGAGAGGGUCACCUGCAACUCCUCGAUUGUUUCAGAGCAUCUCCCCCUUGACGACGUGCGUCGAGUGACUGUGCCGAACGGCGAGAGGCGUAUCAAGCGGAUUGCAUACCUCGCCGAGGUUCGGAACCGGGCCUUGCGGCCGCUGCAGAGCGCCGAGGUCACCUUCGACAAGGUGCUCUUCCUCAACGACGUGUAUUUCGACCCUGUGGACGCCGCCCAGCUUCUCUUCUCCACCAAUGUGGACGAGAACGGCCGUACCGACUACCGCGCUGCCUGCGCUGUGGAUUUCAUUAACCCUUUCAAAUUCUACGACACGUUCGCGUCUCGGGAUUUGGAAGGCCACAGCAUGGGGAUUCCGUUCUUCCCCUGGUUUGCCAGCGCCGGAUACGACGCAACCAGGAACGACGUCAUUGGCCAGAAGGAUGCGGUGCGUGUUCGCAGCUGCUGGGGCGGUAUGAUAAGCUACGAAGCCAAGUGGUUCCAAUCCACCGAGGCGCUCGCUUCGACGGAUCCUUCCGAGGGCACUGCCUGGGGUGUAGCCACAGCCGCCGGACACAACGACCCACAGGUUCCGGCAAACAGCUCGGCCAUCCGCUUCCGUUUUGAGGACCGUACAUACUGGGACGCUUCCGAAUGCUGCCUCGUCAAUGCGGACAUCCAGAAGCCGCGGGAACCUGGAGACCCGUACUCGGCCAGCGGAAUCUACCUGAACCCCUACAUCCGCACAGCUUACGACGAGCGCACUCUUUCGUGGCUGUGGCUGACUCGGCGGCCCGAGCGGCUCUAUUCUCCGAUCCACAACAUCCUGAACUGGUUCGUGGGGUUCCCCGGGUUCAACCCGCGCCGGCUGCUGGAGCCCGGGCAAGAAAUCACGGAGAAGGUGUGGGAGUACAACUCGCCGUACGAGGAGGGCAAGGACAUGACGGGCCAGUGGAAAGAGGUCCAAACGAUAGCUCCGCCCGGAUUUUUCUGCGGAAGCAGGAAGCUGCUCGUGCUGGGGGAGAAGGAGGAUGAGCCGAAGUGGAUGAACCUUCCGGCGCCCUUGGACACUAUUGUUUGA